UCAGCCAAUAGGAAUGUCCAUGGGCGUGGUAAUGCAUAGUUUGGUUGUGCUGGAGGUUUCUCAUCAACUUUUAGGCGAUCUUUGCAAAGCUAAUUUACGACACAUUUAAAACAUUUCUGUCCCGUUUUACUGGAAUGUCGUGCGUUUGUACUUUUCGGGAUUCACACCGGGAUUUGUUUCGUUAUUGCCAUCCAACCAGCCAGGACACGGAGUGACGAGCAGACUCCAUUUUCGUUUGCAGCUGAUCGGCGGAGAGCUAGCUACUUUAUGUUGCUAGGCUAACUUUCGCUUCCAGGCGUUAACUUGUCUACCUGGCGGUACUUUCGUCUACUACAAAAAGACUCCCAGCAUGCUGAUGGUGGGAGGCAAUGGACGGCUGCACUAGAAUGAGUGUGAAGGAGUUGUGUGAGACCGAUGACCUGGCCACCAGUUUGGUGCUGGACCCUCUUCUGGGCUUCAGCACCCAUAAAAUGAACAUCAGCCCGGCACCAGAGAUCAGACGUUGGGGUGUUCUCAAGGAGACGCUGCUGCGGUUUCAGCGAACGCACGACUUCAACGCCACGUUUGAGGCGCUGACUGUUGGCGAACUCGCUGGCGACUACUUCAACGCUCUGGGGAGCCACCGGCAGGAGCUGCUGAGACAACAUGUGUAUCGCUACCUCAACGCCUUCCUGCUGGACAGUGGGAUCAAGAUAGAGUCGUGUGACAGAUACUCAUCGGAGACCAACGGAGCGAAGAUAACGGCCUCCAGGCAUUGGUUCGUUGGAGAGCGCGUGGAGGUCCUACUGGGCUGCAUAGCGGAGCUGAACCCCGCGGACAGCGCCGUGCUGAGGGCAGGGGUCAACGACUUCAGCGUCAUGUACUCCACACGUAAACGCUGCGCUCAGCUGUGGCUCGGGCCCGCAGCUUUCAUCAACCAUGACUGCAAACCGAACUGCAAGUUUCUCCCCGGUGAGAAGAACAUCGCCUGCGUGGAAGUGAUCCGACCCAUCUCGCCUGGGGAGGAAAUCACCUGUUACUAUGGCGCCAGCUUCUUCGGCGAAGGCAACGAAAUGUGCGAAUGCUGCACCUGCGAGAGGAACGGAGAGGGCCACUUCAGGCACCGAGGGAAGCAGCCGGACAGCGAGGAGGCGAAGGAGGCCGUGGGCCAGAAGUACCGGCUCAGGGAGCGAUACCUGCGCCACCACAGGGAGAGAGGACACCUGACCGCCAGGCCCAGCGCCCCGGGAAUCCACGCCGGGAUCUUCACAGCGAUCCCCUCCAGGAACUCCUUCACCCAGCAGAUGAGGAGAAACGCUCUGAAGAACAAGAAGCUGAACGACACCAAGAGGUGGAGGCGUGAGAAGCAGAGGCGGUCGGGGAAUUACCUGCUGAAACGCUGCCGGACUGUUCCGCUGCCGUCCCAGGUCACUCUGAAGGACCUGCGCAUCAGAGUGCGGCGCCACUCGGUGGAUUUCCUGCUGCACUGCAAGGAUCCCAAAAGCAAAGAGAGGGCCUUGCUGCAGGAACUAGAGGAGGUGAAGCCAAGAAAAGCGACUGUGGAGGAAAACCCGAAGUCUUUGACUUUGAAUUCCUCCGUGCCGGUCAAUCUGAGAAGCAGAUCCGCCGUAAAUAGCGUGGCUUUGAACAUGAACAUCUGCUCAAGAACCAAAAGCAUGGUUCAUAAAACACAGGAGACAAAGGCGGGGUCCAGUAGCACAAACACGGCUAACACUACUACAGUUUGUCCGCCUGUUGAAAGGGACAAAACCUGCAGCGCAAUAAAGCAGGAGAGCACGAAAAAAGCAAUCACUGAAAGUCAAAGCAGCAACGUUGAAUCCAGGAUCGCCGCUAAGACUCUGGCCGUGUUGGAGAAGGCUGUUGACAAUCCACUAAUCACCCUGAAGCAAUACGUUACCGUCAACCUUACCAGGCUAUCAAUCCCGCAACCCGCAGAGGCCGGAAAAACACAAGAGGAGGAGGAGAAAUGUGGUGUUUUAGGGAGAGGAAGGAGCCAACCGCCCCCCAAACCUGGGAACCUGCCAAGAAAACAGGUUUUCAGGUCAGACGUCUGCACAGCUACGAGCAAACGAGGAGGGAAGGAAACGCUCCUCAAGGCCACAGAUGGAACAGAUGCUCACAAAGUAGUCGCCGGGAAUCCAUCUGGCUGCAAGAAGAAGGGGGCUGACAGAGUUGUGGAAAUAAAAACGGUGCAAACGGAGCUCAAGGAGGAAAAGAGAGACCCUAAGUCAACUGAAGCUGAAAACAUGGGGAAGUCAAAAGCAGGGAGUAAUAUCCAGAGUGUUAAAAAUGCAGAGAAAGUGGAAGUUAAAGUGUCAGGACAGACGAAGAGAUGCUUGAAUGAGCGUCCUGAAGAUGUGGUGAUAAAACAGGCAAAGGUUUUGCUGUCGGACAUCUUAAGGAAAGAUCAAUCUUUUUUAGAUCAGAGGCUGCAGGGAGACAUAAACAGAGGAAGUUGCAAUCGUUCAGUUAAGGGGCGGUUUAUGAAAAAACGAAGUGUGCGGAAAACUAAAUUAGACGAAUCACAAAAUGGGAUGGGAACCCCAAACGACGAGCGAUUGGUUUCUGUUUGCACAGACUCUGGUGUGAAAAGUACACAUGUCCAGUCCGAACCGAAACGCAGUGAACUGCCAGCCUCCUCCUCCAUCAACUCACUACCUCACAGGUCGGCCGUUUCUACGAAGGCUCAGCCGCGCCCAGACGCCAACCCGCAGUCCAACAUACCUCUGAAGAAACGGACAUUUCGGAGCUCAGUGGAGAUCGACUCGCAGCGAGGUCCGACUUCCGCCUCCGAUCGUGUUCAGAAAAACACGGCCGUGGUGACGUCACCUCCAGCCCCACAACAGAACACGUCCCUUACCUCUGGAGAAGCCAAGAAAGAUAAUAAAUCAGCUCCAAGGCGGAUCCAAAAACAACCGGUAGUUACCAGAGUGCUUCGCUCCAGACCUAACGGAUCUCCACGAGGCCACCUGCUGAGGAAAGUCCGGCAAUGCAAACAAGAAAAUCAGGAGGAGGAUAUUUGUGAAUAUAUGAGGGAUAAUCCUGCAACUGUCACACGUAGUUCCCAAAAAAACUUCCAGAAUAACAUGGAAAUAUCGUCCCCUGAAGAAAACAGUUCAGAGGAAACAAAAGCCGGCUUUGAUUUCAAGAUACGCCUCAAGCGGAGAAGAGGGAAAGUGUGGGAUGUUCAGGGCGACAGCUUGGUGUUGAAAACGGAAAAGCAUGACGACUCGAUGGCGUGCGAUCCUUUCAAAGCAAUCAUGGAUUCUGUGUCCAUCUUAAACCGAGAGAUGGAGGCCCACGUUCAAGCGAGUCAGAAGUCGAAGAGCAGACUGCAUCGAUUGAGACGAAGAAACGACAAAAACAACAAAAAACAAAUUACUGACGUCCAGAUGGAUGGAGUUAGUGAAACUAAAGUCGGACGAAGCGAAUCUGUUGACGAAAAAAGUGAAAUUACAGCCAAGUUGGAAAGCCAGCCCCUGUUGAGCCUGAACGGAACCAGUGAGAUGCUUCCAGAAACUAAAGUGGAGGAUCGUCUUUUAAAAAGCUGCUGCCUGUUUGAGAGCGCGUCGCAACAAAAGCUGGAGCCAGAACUGGGCUCAAACGGCCUUCAGUUGCCGGUUCUGAAACUGCGGAGGAAGGUGGAGGAUAUCUGGGAGGUGGACAGCAAAAAGGGGCUUUUACUGCCCGACCUAAGGGCUGAGGUUAACGUCAAGAGAGAGGUCAAGAGUCACGCCUUAGGGAGGCAGAAGAAAGAGGAGACUUGUCUGAGACUCAACAGCAAUCUCAUGUCUCUAAAAACAGAACCGCCCCCGUUUUCCCUCUCUCUUUCACCGUUGUCGCUGUCAUCACCUCUUAACGAGGGCAAAACCGAAGCUGCACACUCAACCGGAGACAGAAUCAUAGAAAAGUUGGAGACGUACAUGGGGGGAAGGAAACCGAGGCUCAAAGUUGACAAACAGCGCAAGAGUGUGCCCAUGGAGAUGCCCACCCCUUGUCUGAGUCACACACUCCAGCAGAUUGACAACAGCCUCUCCAGGCUCUCCGAAGGCCUGUGUUCUUCUCAGACCCUGGAGAAGCCCACGGCAGCUUGCGCCUCCGGUUCUGUGAUCCAGACCCCGUCCCAGUCCCCCCCGUUUGUGGCCGCUGACAAUAUGCUGUCUGCCGAACCCAGCUUCACCAACUGCUGCGAAGACAUCCUGGACUUCCAGUGCCUCGGUUUUGAUGGAUACGACCAGCCGCAGAACAUUCUCCCAUCCUCCCCGUCAGAUCUGUGCUCCCUGGACCCACCCACCGACCCAUUUAGCAGUCCUCUCUCCCACAGCCCGACCGACACCUGGGACACCGAAACACCCUACCUGGGCCCGCCAAGUCCAGGGAAUAACUUCACCAGUGAGGAUCUGCAGUUUUACCCGGGCUUGGUUGCUUCCAAAAGUGACUCUGGGAGUGUUCAGAACUGUGAAGCCAAGGGCAUCUCCAAAGACGGACCCAACUCUGGUUUUGGGUUUUCAGCUUCAGUAAAUUCAUACGUUGUGAGCAAGGAACGUAUUAUGAGCAAAAAUCUGGGAGCAAGGCUCUCCAAAGACGACCCCAAAACUCAACCAUCUUUGUCCGUCGCCAGCAAGCCUCGUCUUUUCACCGGAAAUCCCGUCGUUUUAAGCCAGCCUUCCAUCAACUUCAAGGCCACCACCAGCCAAUCAAAAACGCAGCUCAACCUCAAAACCCAAGGCCCGUUCCAUCGCAUGACCAUUCCAAGUAAAUCCCAGUCAUUCCCAAGUAACCAGCCAACUGUGGUCAGAGGAACGCCGGCUCAAGUGUCCAACAGAUUCCUUUCCCCUUCAGUCCUCUCAACAAAGAAUCCCAACUCUUCUGAAAGUCCAUUCAGCUACCAGGAGAAGCCAUCUACAGUAAUCCACAGGGUUCUGAAGUACCAGGGUGGUAGCCAGACGCAGAACCUGUACAGCGCGCCGUGCGAGGACACUGUUGCUGCUAGUGGCGGCGGACGGAUCUCUGCCAAACAGAGCCAGAAAUUUGUUCCUAAUGUGUCUCAAAAAAGCAACGUAUCUUUCCACGGGUUCGGAAAGGACGUCGCCCAUCUCAGUUCCUCCAGCAACCUCGCCAGUUCCAACCUUCACUUCAGCAGGCCCAGUUCCUCCGUUUCACAGUCGUUCAGUAAAAACAAGAUGGCCUCAGACAAACAGGAAGCGGCUGAAACUAACAUGGUGUACAAAAACUUUUCCGAGAUGCCGAGGCCCUUCUUCUUUCCUAGCAAAGCAUCCGACUGCUACUCUUCCCAGCAAGACAAGAAGCUGGAUAAAACCGAUAGACACCAGCCAUGUUACACACAGCAGGAUGCUUAUGACUUUAGCUAUUCCUCUCUCUCGCCCAUCUCUCAGCACAGCAGCCCUCAACUAGUCCACAGCACACCUCCAAAUACACCAGCACCCAAACCCCAGUCCACCGCCUCCUUCCCUUACGGCUACCAAGGUCCUCCCUAUGUGCUGAACUUCAGCGGCGACCACUCACUCACUCUAGGCCUGAGGGACGGUUCUGAUGGCUACCCGGGCCUGGGCGCUACAAACUACACCUACCACUGCCUGAUGGAGCCCUCGGGCACUCAAGGACGGUUAGUCCUUGAACCUUGCGGACCCCAACUGUCCAACCCGUCCUCGUUGGGCGGGUUCGCUGGCCUCAGAAGUCAGGAUGAACACUGCCGGAAGGACAUGCAGCAGCAGUGCCAGGCAGGGGAAAACCAAGGUGCUUCACACUACGGUGGGGUUCCUACGUCACACCCAAUGGGCACCACAAAACCCAAACGGGUGCGGCUGGUGGUGACGGACGGUACGGUGGACUUAGAUUUGCAGUACUCAGACUGAAAGUGACUGGAUCUCUUGAAACCUUUUAGAUGUUGGUUGUUUUUCUGAACGUUUCUGUUCAUAAUCUGCUUUUCUAAUGAAUUAUCUUGAUGUAGAAAUGACUCAUGCAGGGUUUGAAAUGGCAGAAAUAUCCACUACGGUUUGUUCAGAAUACCACAUUUUAAAGCAUUACCUUUGAACCUGCAGGUCAAGUGGAAUUCUUUGCAAAAAGUUAUUCAAAUGUCUUAAAGUUUUUCACGUUUCUUCACUUUAAAACCACACAAAAGAAUUUUCUUAAAAAAUGACUGACUCAGUUGGAUUUAAGUCUAUACUUUGAUUAGGCCAUUCAAAUAUAUGAAUUGAAUGAACUCUGUGUCCCUGUGGGUAAAAAAGGCAUCCCCACAGCAUGAUGUUGCCACCACCAUGUUGUAAAGUGGGCCAAAGUGUGUAGGCCAAAAUGUUUACUCGUCUUCCCACAUUUUAAAAAAAUUAUUUUUAAAGGCCAGAUUUGUAGAGUUUUCAAUUAAGCGUUGGCAGACUUUAUCACCUUACUUUGACUAGGCCCUUCUAGAAUAAUGUGCUUUGAUAGUAGCUGGUUUUUUUAAAAUCCUUUUGCAGCUUCUAAUAAGUUAGUAGAAACAUAUCCCCACAGCAUGACGCUGUCACCACCAUGUUUUAAAGUGUUUUCUUGUGUGUUGGCCAAAAUUUUCUUUUUUUUGCAUCUUUUACAAACCAGAUUUGUAGAGUGUUCCAUUAAGCGUUGUCCUGAUGUCCAACUUUACUUUGACUAGGCUGUACUAACGCAUAAUUGUGCUUUAAUUGUAGUUUUUGUCAUAUGUUUAGCCUCACCUCUACCCCACAGCUAUUUCAUCGUCUAAUACGUUUGUAGAAAUGUAUCCCCACAGCAUGAUGCUGCCACCGCUAUGUUUCAUGGUGUUAGUGUUAAUUUUCUGCCAUUAAGUCUAAAUCAUUUCACGUAGAACAUGAAAUAUUACAGAAACAUGCAUCAGUAUUAUAUCAAAUUUGAAGUUUGUGGUUGUAAAAUGACUAAAUGUGAGAAACUCAAAGGGGUUUGAAGACUUUUUGCGAACCACUGCACAGAUUGAAGCCCUUCUUACCGUACUGUAACAUAGAUGUAUGAAUUUUUCUAUCCCAUGAAUGGUAGUAGAGCCAGAAUCCACCUGAACUGUUUGCUGGUGGAGCUUAAGGAGGCAGUUUGGUGCCUCGCUCUUUGAUAUUCUCGCGACGUUUUCAAGCACCCGUAGAAAAAUUUUUUUGUUUUUAGAAUUUUUUUAAUACCCACAUUAAGCUCUCGUCUCACUUCUACGUGUAAACUCCUGAGUUGUGUGCAUGUGUCGGAUGCGGCUGGAGGUGUGUUUGCAUGAUGGGUGCAGUGAAAGACUUCCUCUACGAAUCCAGGACCAUUUCCGUUUUCCUCCAUGUUGUUGCAUCAGCAGUGUGACAAUCCUCUCAUCUGAGUUGGUAAUUUCUAAUCCCUCAGAAGGAUUAUUUUACAAUGUUACCAUGUUUAUACUGCUUGCUGAUGAAGCUACUCAUUUACAGAUGUUUUUCAAUUUUAUUUUAUUUUAUUUUGGUUGAGAUUGAGAACGUUUUGUGCUGGAAGUUGAAUCGGUUUGACUUCGUGCGGUGGGAGCGUUCUCGUGGUUACCGUGACGAUGUACUGUCUUGUUAUGACAAAGAAAAGAAAAAAAGGCCAAUUAUUUAUUUUAAUAUCCUCACUUCCGGAAAAGGUGCUUUUGAUGUAAUUUAUAUUUCACGUUGAUUGUUCAAACUAUUAAAUGUGUGGGUUUUUUUUUUUAAAUAUUAUUAUUAUUGUUAUUUAAUGGGACAUGAUGAUAUUUACAUGAUGUAUUUAAUUUUGAAGACCAGUUUUUCUUAACUGUUGCAGAUGAAACUAGCUUGUUUUUUUCUAAUUGGCUGUUAGUCCUACUGGAAGUCUGUUGUAGAAAUGUACAAAUGUAGCCUAUAUCA